AUGGAGCGCGACAGUGCAGACAUUAUCCCCUCCCUGUCAAUCAUUCCUUACGAUAAUAACCGAGACGUGGUACUCCGCAAUGCGGACGUUAUCGUCUACCGUGAUCCUCAAACGAAUCAACUGGUUCCGUUUCACCACAACCAAGAGAUUGACCGACGGUCUCCAAAAUGCCCUACGUGCGGUCGAGCAUGGCAUACACGCGAAGGGGCGUCUACUCAUGGCCCUGGAGGCGAUGAUGUGGAAGAUCAGCCGUCUUUCAUCACCCGGGAUUACUUUGAUAUGCUCGCCAGAAGCUUACCAAAUUCCAACGAGAACUCGACGCCGCCGUCUCCCAGACGCCGGAUUGCUCAGCCUGUUCGCUCGAGGCUACAUCCUUCUUCUGCUGCCACUCAACCUCCUCCAGUUGCAGAGUUUGUAGGCAGUGAACCCGCACCCGCUGGGCAAGCUCACGGUAUUUCUGAGACUGCCUUUUCACCCAACUAUUUUGAGAAGUUCUUCGUGGAAGAAAGAGAGCUUGGAAGGGGCGGCCGCGGAGUCGUGCUACUAGUCCGACAUGUUCUCGAUGGGGUCCCGCUCGGCCACUUCGCCUGCAAGCGUGUCCCCGUAGGAGACGAUCACGCCUGGCUAGAGAAGGUGCUGGUCGAGGUCCAGUUACUCACAACACUAUCGCAUCAAAAUCUUGUAUCCUACCGCCAUGUCUGGUUGGAAGACUUUCAGACAAGCUCAUUUGGACCAAGUAUUCCAUGUGCCUUCAUUCUUCAACAAUACUGUAACGGGGGAGACAUGCACAAUUAUGUUCUUGGCUCAGCACAAGCGACAACGACUACCCAGGAUCUUAAAGAACGACUUAGGCGUCGAUCCAGAGGCGAGACCGAACUGCCUCGGAAGGAAAACGAACCGCCCAAGCUCCAUUUUGAUGAGAUUUACAAUUUCUUCAGGGAUAUCACGUCAGGCUUACGGUUUCUUCACCAUAACAGUUUCAUUCACCGAGAUUUGAAGCCAAGCAACUGCCUACUACAUAGCGUUGGUGGGGAAACUAGGGUUCUCGUCAGUGAUUUUGGAGAGGUUCAGUAUGAAUAUGCCGCCCGCAGAUCGACUGGUGCAACUGGGACAAUCUCCUACUGCGCGCCUGAAGUCCUUCGCAGAAUAUCUCCUGGAGGUCCUUAUGGUAAUUUCACUACGAAAUCAGACAUAUUUUCUUUGGGGAUGAUUCUCCACUUCCUCUGCUUCGCCAAUCUACCAUAUCGCGCCUCAAAUGUCUUGCAUGAAGAAAAUGAGGAUGUGGACGAGCUGAGAGCGGAGAUCAUGGGCUGGGGUGGCUUCGAUGACCAUCGAAAACUCCGACCAGAAUUACCCGACGCACUGUAUGCGUUCUUGAAAAGACUUGUCUCAAUAGACCCCGACAUGCGACCAACAGCUGACGAUGUGCUACAAGUCGUCACCUCUGGACGCUUGGAUGAUAUUCCAGCGGCGCGGAGAAAGAACUCUAUGGAGCCGGAAGAACUCACUCCUGGAAAGAGGAUUCAGAAGCUGGACUCGCCACGGCAAGGUAGCUCACCACAACGAGGAUUGGGUCAAGAGAUUGGGCCAAAGACAAGUAGGCGUUCUCGCUUGGGUUACGAUGCCACUGCGAGUGAUCGAAAGACAUUAUCUGCUAUCACGGACGGUCCCGUUGGGGAACUGGGUUAUUCGAGCGAUGAUAGCGACACAGAGUCUAAACGUCCAUUACUGUCGACGAGUAGAAGAGCAAGCUCGACAAGUCGCAGCAAUUUUGCUGGGCUGAAUACCAACGGUCGCAGUAACAGAAAUGGCAUGAUGCUCCGUGCCCGUCAGCCUUCUGCCUCUAUGCCCACAUCUCCCAUCCAAAAGUCCUCACAAGAACUUCUCCCGCCUGUCACUCCGCCCCCCCUACGCCAGCAAUUACUACUCGAACCUGCUCAACCCUUGACCGUUGCAGGUACGCUCAUAGCACUUUCAACUCACAAUUUGAACCGCGUCCGCACGAUCGCCCACACUCGCGUUACGUCAAGCUCAGUAAGACUGAUCAUCCUCAUGGUCAAACUCCUAAGCACUCUCCAACCCUGUCUCGCGUACGGCAUGAACGCCACCGUCGUCUAUCCCGUGAUUCUUGUCGCGCUGGCAGAGUUUUCGGUCCCAGACCUGCAGGUCUGGAAGGGAUUAUUGGCCAUGCUGCUGCAUUGCGCUGUUCUGUUGUUUGCACUGAGAUCUGGACAGUUAUGCCGCGCUCCUGAGUCAGUGCUGGCUUGGGAAGCGUGA